AUGCUGCCUCCAAGGAUGAUACUGGCUUUCAUUUAUAAGAUUAUUCAUUUUUUAGAGGUUACACUUGGGUCUCUGAUGUUGAUAGAUAGAGAGAGAAGCACCAUAAAAUUGAAAGAGAGCAAUAAUAAAAUUAUAAAAAAAAUAAAGACCAUUUAAUCUCAAAUGCUAAUAAUAUCUAUCAAUCCUAAUAUGAGAAAGAUGAGAAAGAAGAAAUCAAUGAGAUAACUCAGUGCUUAAAUUGAUUUUUAAUUAAUUAUUUUAUCUUUACCUAAUCUGCAAAGAUAAAACCUAAUAUUAAAUAUUGAAUAAUAAAUAAAUAAACAUUCAAAUUAGAAUAUUAAUUUUAUAUAUACGUUUAAUAAUAUUCUAAUAUCGAUGUGA